GAACAAAUUAAUAAGCCUUCUUAAUAAAUAAUGUUGACAAAGAUGAUGAUGAUGGAAAAGCUUCUAACAUUUGGGAGAAGGCAACAUCACACACUUAUUUCGCGAGAAAUAAUCAGGCCUUCAUCUCCAACCCCUUCUCAUCUCCAGACUUAUAAUCUUUCCGCGCUUGAUCAACUCACCCACCACAAAUAUAUUCCCCUAAUUCUCUUGUACCCAAAUAAUGGAAAUUGCAGCUUGACAACCGACGACAAAGUCUGGGAGCUCAAGAAAUCAUUGUCAAGAAGCUUGACACAAUUCUAUCCUUUUGCUGGCCAGAUAAGUACACCCACAACACCUUACAUUGAUUGUAAUGAUGCUGGAGUCGUAUUUCUUGAAGCUAAAAACGAUAGCCAACUUGAUAAAUUUCAAAAUAUGAGUGUGCAUGAUGAAACUUUUGUACAACUUUUUGCUGAUAAUAUGGUUUAUUUCAACUCUCAAUAUUGUAAAAGUCUUGUUGGGGUUCAAGUCAAUCGCUUUGCCUGUGGUGGAAUGGGUGUGGCCUUUUCUAUGUCACAUAUCGUUGGUGACGGCUCUACAUUAUGCUCGUUUGUUAAUCAUUGGGCCUCUAUGGCACGUUAUGGUUCGGCUGACCACAAAGAGGUAUUACCUCUUAACCCUCAUAUCCUACAUUUCCCUUGUACCGAUGCUAUUGAUCACCCAGAAUCAAAGGAUACUAAACAACGCUAUGUUGAACGUGCCACUAAGAAAUUUGUGUUCCCUAACUCAAAGUUGAAGGACCUUAAGAACAAUGUCAAGGCUUCGGUGGCAGCUGGAUAUAAACUAUCUAUAGACCAGGAGCCUACACAUGUCGAAGUAUUGACCUCUCUGCUUUUCAAAGCUGCAGUGGAAGCGGCCACCACAAAAUCUGGCUGUUUUAAGCCAUCUUGUUUAGUUAUUCCGGUUGACUUACGUAAGAAAUUUGUUCCCGAGUUGGCCCGAACAACCAUGGGAAAUUUUGUAUCUGUUAUUAUGGUACCCUGCAAAGAUACAAACGAAGCCUCAUUAAAUGUGGUGGUUUCGGGGAUAAAGAAACAUAAAGCAGAUCUUAAACGACUCCAGAGUGAACACCUGGCUGCUGAACAUUACGGAUUGUUGCUUUCAAAUAUGGUAAGUGAGAACUAUUCGUCGUAUUGGUGUUCAUGUUUAUGUCGAAUCCCUUACAGAAAAUCCGAUUUUGGAUGGGGAGACCCUGCAAGAGCAACUAUUGGGCUUAAAUGGAUAGACAGGGAUACUUUUAUGCUCCUGGAUACUCCAGAUGGAGAUGGUAUUGAUGCAUAUGUGGCCUUGGAAAAAGAAGAGAUGGAGAUAUUUCAGAAUAACAAGGAACUUCUUUCGUACUGCAAAAGUUAA